AUGCAGAAUGUGGCUCCCGCUAAUGUGAUGCCGGUCCCCCUGAACGUAGGGGUGCCACAGCAGCAGCAAGGAAGGCCCAACAACGGCAACUUUAACGGAAAUGGAAAUGGCAAUUGGAAUGGAGGCCAAGGUAACGAGAACUUUAACCGGAACCGAGGCCAAGGGAACCAACAAAAUCGCGGUAACCAGGGCAACUACCAGCAACAAGGGUCGAGAACGGAAUGGAAGUUCUCUCAAAUCGACGGAUGGGUUGCCCAGGGCGUGCAGCUGUGCCAAAACUGUGGAUUCGGAAACCACGACGCACAGAAUUGCAUGUUCGCCAACAUGCCGCUGAACCGGAACCCGAACUUGUUCGCCACCAGAGAAUGGCAACGGCUGCGAAACGAAGGCGGCUGGCGACAAGCAGUAGCGAACGGCUACGAUCUGGUUGCCCGGUGGGCCCAGUUUAAACAACAGACCGGUGGCGGCGCCGGCCAAGGAAUUGGGCAAGGCGGUGGCUACAACGGCGGCGGCAGAGGAGGCUUCCGCGGACGAAGUCGCGGCAAUGGACGCGGCGGCUACGGCAACCGGAAUGGCGGCGGUAAUGGUAACUGGCGCGCCAAUAGUAACGGUGGCGGCGGCGCCAGAAUAACGGCGGCUGCGGCACGAACGGCGCCGGCCUGGACGGCAAAAUGA